AUGGACACUGAAUUCCCCAGCUUUCUCCGAUCAACUCCGAGAGGUGCUCCCGAGGAACAUCUCUACCAAGAUUUGAAGUUCAAUCUAAACCAUUUGAAAAUUCUUCAACUGGGUCUCACUCUGAUGGAUGAGAACGAGCAUGUUGGGUUGUCUUGGGUGUUCACCUUUUUUGAUUUUGAUGAACAAACAGACUUCUCUAGUCCUACGUCAAUCCAAUAUUUGAAGAACAACAAAGGAACCAUGCCGAAGUCCAUGAUGGAAUUCGCCAUCGUAACUCAACGUCAUCUUGGUACAGUGAACGACCUCAAGCACAUGAUUCACAAUUGUGAACGUUUAAUGAACGGUGAACUUGGACUUAAGAGACUUGCUGAGUUACUCAAUGUAAACGAUACUAUUUUCAACGGUGGUUCUGAUAGUUUGCUGAUAGCUUUAGUGUAUGCGAAGAUAUAUGAAGAAGAUGCUCAAGUUUUUGUUGGAGAUUACUGA